UGUCAUCCCGGCCAAACGCAGAGAACAGCCCCUGGCCGGCGGCCAGCUCUCUCCCGCGUAGCUGCCUCCCCCUGGCUAGCUGUUUUACAACACGGAUCUUCCUUCCUCCGGUCGUUUAAAUUAUAGCGCAGAGAAACCCGAGGCAGAACCGCCACCGAGCCCGGGCCAGCAUGUCCGGUACCAAAUACGUAGACUCGGAGGGCUUUCUGUACACGGCGCCCGUCAGGGAGCAGGGCAACAUCUACAAGCCCAACAACAAGAUGAUGGCAGAUGAGCUGGGCGAGAAGCCGGUGCGCGACGUGCACACCAAGGAGAUCGACCUGGUCAACCGGGACCCCAAGCACCUCAACGACGACGUGGUCAAGAUUGAUUUUGAAGAUGUGAUUGCUGAGCCAGAGGGAACACACAGCUUUGAUGGGAUUUGGAAGGCCAGUUUCACCACCUUCACUGUAACAAAAUACUGGUUUUAUCGCUUAUUGUCAGCAAUCUUUGGCAUUCCUAUGGCUCUCAUCUGGGGCAUCUACUUCGCCAUUUUGUCAUUCUUACACAUCUGGGCAGUGGUGCCUUGCAUAAGAAGCUACCUGAUUGAGAUCCAGUGUAUUAGCCGUGUCUAUUCUAUCUGCAUCCACACGUUCUGCGACCCACUGUUUGAGGCUAUAGGCAAAAUGUUCAGCAGCAUCCGAGCCACAGUACGGAAAGAGAUUUGAGGGACCUUUCAAGAAGAGCCAUCAGCCUAGAGCGGGGUUGGGUAUUUGUUUCAGUUGGAGUUUUUGGGGGCCAGUUUCAAGUUUCCCAAAGCAACAUACAGCAACCGGUGGUGGAUAUACUGGCCCAAACCAAAGAAUCACUUGCUCAGUGUCCUUUUCUACUGUUUAUUCCUACCGGACUACUUGCUCUUUUUCUUUUUUUUUUCUUUUCUUUUCUUUUCUAUUCUUUUUUUUUUUUUUUUUUUUUUUUUUUUUUUUGUUAAAUCUACCUUUGAAACUAAACUCAGAUUGCUAUUCUUCCAUGCUGGUUGCAAUAUCAUCUUACUGAUAACUCAUAGACUGAAGUGCUGUUGUUGGAUUCCUUUUAAUUCCAUCACUCAUUCCUUGUAAGAGAAAUCCACAGCAAUGUUGAAGAAUUACAAAAGUGCUUUCUAACUUUAUAAAGCCAUUGUGGCCAAAAAGUGUAGAGCUAUUGCAGCAGAAUGAACAUGACAAGCUGGCAGAUUUUUAGCAGAAUGUUCUUUUUCAAUUGUAUUGUCAGAUGACUACAGCCAUUUAGAGUCGUGGUCAGAUCUGGUGUUCUAUGAAUAAAUUAGUUAAGUAAACAAAUUGCUUAACUAACGUAUGCUUUGAAAAUCUAACGCUUUAUCAGGUCAGAGACGUUGACACUUGAAAGCUUUUCAUGUCUAUAAAAAGCUUCAGUCAGUGCCUUUUUGUCUCAUUCUCUCUCUUGGAAGUUUGCAGAUAGUUGUUUUUCAACCUUUGCUAGAACUGCAGAAGCAAACUGAAGUACAAAACUAAAACUGGUCAUUAUGGAAUUUUUUUUUUGACUGUGACUUAUGACACAUCCCUUAGUUAGCAUUUAGGCGCUUAUCUCAUAGGCUUUUUUUUCCAAAGCAUUCAUAUAAAUACAUAUAGUAAACAUGCCAGAGAUAACCCAGAGUUACAAGAAAAAUCAAGGUGUGCCGAAUGCAAGCCACAUAAUGCCAAGGAGGAGCUGCCUCUGAGAGAAGCUUCCCUAUCAGCUUUAAAAACUUUCCUAUCAGCAGAUGUCAGCAUGCCACUAGUUCACAGAUUGUUUUCAGGAGAAUUGAUGCUUUGCUGAGUCUAAACUAAUCCAUCGUGAGAGACGGUUUAGAAACUUCACAUUGUGGAUUUGUUUUUUGGUUCUUUUUUUAAGCUGAGCUGCAAGGAAGUCUUAAAUGGAGGGUAUUGUGUGAAACUCAUAUGUUGCAAAGUGCAAGGCCUAGAAAAUAAAGCCUUUGCAACAUAUUCUAAUGCUGUGACCCACAAGAGCUUUUUGCCCUCAGGACAGUACAGUGUUCAGAGAUACUGUGUGUAUCCUCAUAUGGUUUGCAUGAAGCAUUUGUAAAAAUCGUUGUGGGCUCACCAACUUUAUUGUAAACCAAACUGGGGUCUGAGCCUGCUCCAGUUGGGAUCUUCAGCAAAACAGUUCUUGACCUCUGAGAGUGCAAGAUCUGGCCCUUGGAAUGAGCAUGGAGCUGCCUGGUACACCUACAGCUUUUUUAAUUAGUGCUGAUAUUCCACAUAUUGCUUUAUCUAACACAGGAGUGCCUUCAGUUCAAUUGCUGCCAAAGCAUUGAUGCUGCAUUUUUUAACGGGGGGGGGGGGGGGGGGGGUAGGGAGGGUGCACACAGAAGUUACAAAUGUAUUAACUACUAUUGUUUGCAUUUAAAACAGACACUGGUAUGGAUAGAGUUUUAUGUUUUCUAUGUACAUAAUGGAGAGUGUACUAUUAUAGAGUUUUGCAGUAUUAAAAACAAGCAACAUUGUAAACAAGAAAUAUUUUAUGAGGAAAAUCACUCUGAAAGAAACCUCCUUGAUUUACCAUUUAAACUGUAUAUCCUGAAAGAUGUCUGUUCACUUAGAUUUAUUAGUCCCUAAUCCAAAUACAUUGCUGAUCAAAGACAUAUAAAUCAUUGUUAUAUGCUUUCAGAUAUAACUGACACUUUUUUUUAUUCUGCAUGUACAUUAAAGACUACAAUAAAAAGAUGUUUAAUGGUA